AUGACGACCAUUCAAGGACGCCAGCCAAGCGCUGAGGAGAAGACAAUCAUCGACGAAGUGCUUACGCUAUAUCAACUCAAGCCCACCGAUCAGUCCUACGCUCACUACCGCACCGACGCCGUCUUCCAUGAUCCCGUCUCAAUAGCCAAGGGCCUGGAAAGUAUCAAGUCUCAAUUCAACGGCAUGCCAAAGCUCUUCGCACGCUCAGACACUCAGAAAUGCGAACUACUCGAUCCGUCGUCAGCUACAGCACAGAAGCCCGCCGCGAGCACCCACCAGGGCGAAGGAGGUGCGAUUGUCUUGAACCUGACACAACACUACGUCUUCAAGGGAGACAAGACACCUGAGAAAACUCUGAACAGCAAGAUCACGCUCAAGCUAGAUGAGAGUGGAAUGAUACAACAUCACGAGGAGGAAUGGGAUCACCAGCCCAACAAGACCGGGGACGAUGGGUUCAUAGGGAAGAUCCAGGAGUGGAGAAAGAAAGUCGGUGCGAAAUUGGUCGAGGCCGGUGUUAGCAGUGAUCCACAGAAGAUUUAA